AUGUGGUUCGUGACAUUAUUGGUCCUGUUUUUUGUGGUGAUAUGCUCACUGGCAGUGGUAAAUCGGUACUUCUCCUUCAAGCUGCAUAAAAACACGUUCCCUUUGACCUUGGCAGUGCUGACGGUUAACAUGGUGUUGCUAUUGUGCACAGCAUAUUUACUACCGUUAGACAUUUAUUAUGCUGCCAAGGCCAACGCAAGUGCAGGUGAGUAUGUUCCACCGGCAAAUAAUGGUACGAGCGGUGUGGACUCUCAGUUGUAUUCGGGAAUUUUGAAGAGGAAUAGCAAUGCGGGUAGCGAUCUCCCUGUACCAAUGCAUGGCUUCCGUGUUGCAUGGUUAUUGGUUUAUUGGGUUGAAUUUGUCUUGUGCUGGUUCAUCAUGCCAGUGUUAAUAUCGUAUUGCUCCUUGAAAUAUGCUUGCUCUAGACAGCGGGUCCAAGAACAUGAAGGGAGUGAAAGAUCCCCCAUUUGGGAACGUAUGGUUCAGGCGAUUUAUCAAAACUUCAAAUUCUACUCGUUAUGUGUAUUGGGGUUGAUCAUUGGAAUUGUUUAUCUGGUCUCAAGUACGGGGCAUGGUUUAAACGAAUUUAAGCCCCUGCUUAUAUCAUUGUCACACUUAUACUCAUUGAGUUAUACGCUUAUCCUAUUAUCAACAGGUUUAAUUAUCUUUCCAAAGAGUCUCCUAUCUAUUGGUCGCUCGCCGACUAAUGAGGUCGUGAAUAAGUUGUUUGUGGAGUUGAGUAAAACCAAUGACGACAUUAAUGAUUCACAACUUAACAUGUUAGAGAAUGCAGAAAGGAUAUUGAAUUCGCGAGAAGCCAAUAAUGGUGACAUCGUAUUUAAUCAGAUGCUCAAUGAGUGCAAGUUAGAGGUCCAAGCACUGUUGAAUGAACUGGAGCUAUCUAUCAACCAUCAAGUUUCCAACACCUUGGGAGCCUCUUCAUCAGCAAUUACCACUUUGACAAAAUUGAAUAAUCAUUACAACAAAUUCAUGACACACUAUUACAACUAUCUGUACAGCAAGACCUACUCUAAUUCUAUUAUUCACACAUUGGCCCAAUCCCAAUCUUCGAAAGUCUUCGCUUCAACGUCUUCAAUUUUGAGCAUGUUCAAUAAAGCAACAAUUUUGGGAUUGGGCGUUCUAUCAACUAUGCUUUCAAUGGCAAUUGUGUUUCUAGAGAUCACACCGACUAAAUGGGGUCAUGACUGGAUUUUUAACGGUGCGCAUUGGUAUAGUUUGUUGUUGGAAUUCAUCAUAUUCACAUAUAAUACUAUGGUUUCAUUAUUUGCAAUGAGCAAAUUUAAAUUCAAUAACUUUCAUUUGAUUCCAAAUGGCAGAAGCAAUCCUACGAAUGCCUUGUACUAUUCAUUGUAUUCCAGCAGACUUUUGUUUCCUUUAUGCUUCAACCUAAUGGUUUUGAUACCAUCAAAAUCGGAUUCCAGUCACGAUUUGAUUAAGAGCAGUUUUGAAACGACAUUGUAUCAAAAUCUAGCCGUGAUACCUUUGGUAAAUUUUUUGAACAAGUACUUGCCUUUUUUUUUCAUCACAUUCACAUUGAUCAGUUACAAAUUCGAUCUCAAACAAAAAGUCUUACUGAAAAUACUAGGUGAAGAGUACUAUUACCAAUUCUUUGGAAUGAUGAUGUACGAACCAGUUUCGAAAGAUAACACUGUUGGGAACAAUGAUGCAAAUCCAAAUUCGCUGAUACAUGAUGAAUCGACUUUCAAUAAUCGUUCUCGCAUGGAUGAAGACUAUGAGUAUUCGUUGCAAGAUGGCAGAUACCUAUUCGAAAGAGCAUCAAGUAACUAUGAUUUAACCAGCAAUCAUGAGAAUUCUAGCAUGGAUAGCGCUAGCCAUGCAUCAUAUUUAUAG